GAGAUAAAAUGCCUUUUAAGCUUCCAAUCUGUGAAGGUGUUGUCCAUCUACCCAAGGGGACGGGAAGGUACACUGUUGGAUGCAUUGAUGUGUUUACUGUUGAACAUGAGUCGAAGUUACCCCUUCUGUUCCGUCUGUACUAUCCCUCAUCAGAUAAAUGUGAUUCUUCAAGGUGGCCGCUAUGGUUGCCUGAUCCUAAGUACGCAGAAUCCUACGUGGAAGGUAACUUCCAGUAUUCACCCGCAUUCAAGUCUUUUCUUAUCAACACAGGGAUAUACAACUUCCAGGGUAAAAUGCUGCGCCGACUGACCUCGAACCCAGUAGUCCCCGUGAAUGAAGGAAGUAAACCAGAUGGAGAAAGGUUUCCAGUUGUAAUUUUCUCUCAUAUGCUGUCCGCAUGUAGAACCACAUACUCCUUCCUCUGUACAGAUAUUGCAUCACAGGGAUAUUAUGUAGCGGCAUUGGAGCAUGGUGAUAACAGCGCUAGUAUUAGAAUGAUGAUGAGCUCACCUGACUCUAAAAUAUCCUGGAGAUCAAUCAAAACCCUACCAAAAGGAGCGAAUGAAACCGAACUAAGAGCAAGACAACUGAAAUACAGAACUAGUGAAGUUAGCCAGUGCUUGGAUUCACUUGUUAGCCUAGACAAUGGUAUAUUGCAGGAUUUGUUUAUCAAGUACUCAGAGACUCUUAGCGUAAACCAUGAAAGGAUCGGUCUUGAAUCUUUCAAAGGAAAACUCGAAAUAGAAAACUGUAUAAUUGCAGGACAUUGUAUGGGUGGGUGUACAACUAUACGAACCCUGUCCCUUGAUGCAAGGUUUAAAGGAGGCGUAGCUAUAGACUCCUGGAUGUAUCCUGUUCGGAAAGAUGAAAUAGAUUUUGACAAGAAAAAACUAUUGUUCGUGAACAUGGAGAAAUGGCAGUUUGCAAAAAAUCUGAAAUGCAUGGUCAGAUAUGAGAGCUCUUUAGCGGGAGAAUUGAAAACAAAUGUUGUCUCUCUAAAGAAUGAUACACAUUAUUCUCCUACAGAUCAUCUUAUUGCACUUCAGAAUUGCUUCCUUGGUAAGAUAGUUGCUGGAGUUCUUGGGAAACCGGAUCCAGACUUUUCUUCCUUCCAGAAUCUUCUAGCAAUAUCUGAACUGGUCCACGGCUGGAUAAAGAACCGGUUAUGUGCGGAAACAGAAACCUACCUAACCACGUGUCGGAAGUACAAAGGGCGUGUUCUCUACGGAAUCAAGACGCCGGAGGAAUAAACGCGGGACUUUGAAUUGUUCGGGCAUUAUAGAUGGAUAUAUCCCACAAGCUGGGAUCAGUUUUAUUUGCCAUGCUUAAUUUUGCUGUGACGGGAUUAUUACAAUAGUCUCACAAGAACGAGAUUGAUUUAUUUGGUUUUACAGCCAACAGUCUCUUUUUUUACUGUACAAAUUUCCCUAGCAGCCUAAAAGUCCAUAUGAUACUUCAACUAAACCGAAGUUUUGAGUGUUUGUCAUAAUAGUUACAACCAGGCGCGCAACUAGGGGGGGGGGAAAGGCCCCCCCUUAGUCUGAUUAAGGGGGGCAUUUCCCUUCCUUCAGAAGGCUUGCACCUCUAGCCUGAUUAAGGGGGGGCAUACCCCUCCCUUAAGAAUGCUUGCCCCCCCUGUAGGGGAGGGGGCAAGAAGUCCACCCUGUUUUGCAAUUUAGCGAUUCAUGAAUUCCUGGGAAAGAGAAAGGGGGUUUAUUAAGUAUUUUUAGAUAUUUUCACUAUAAGUUCUGCCACUUAUUAUGAAAUUGCUUCAAUGCUGUAGUACAACUAUUAAAUUAAUCCUACAUGUUCACUGCACAUAUUGUGUGAUGUGUCAUAUUAAAAAAAAUUUUUUUUAAUGUAAAUCAUGAUUUUUUGAUGAAAGGCAUUUCUUGUCGGUGUCUGAGUACAAUGUAUAUAUUUGAUUUAUGGAUGAAUAAUGAAUAUACAUAUAUGUAAAUUGUAAAUCAAUUAAUAUUUUGAUUUACAUUAACCAGAAUAGAUUUCUUUCAUUUAUUUCAUAUCAGAUGUGUUGACUUACUGAAUAUCCGAUUGGUAAGGUAAGGUUAGUUGUUUUUAUA